AUGAGAGACAGGCUAACCCUGCUUCUGUGCGCCAAUACUAGCGGCGACUGUAAAAUUAAACCGCUGCUGGUGUACCAUUCGGAAAACCCCAGGCCAUUCAAGAAGAACGGUGUGCAAAAGAGCAAACUCAGUGUGAUGUGGAGGGCAAACAAGAAAGCCUGGACAACCAGGCAGUUCUUCAUAGAGUGGUUUGUGGUGUCUGCACCUGCAGUGAAGACAUACAUAAUAGAGAAGAAUCUACCACUCAAGGCCCUCCUGUUGAUGGACAAUGCCCCUGCACACCCUCCAAGCGUGGAAGAAGAAUUGAGUAAGGGGUAUAAAUUCAUCGAAGUGAUGUUCCUCCCCCCCAACACCACGCCACUGAUCCAACCCAUGGACCAGAAUGUCAUCGCCAGCUUUAAGAAGCUGUACACAAAAGCACUUUUUGAGAGGUGCUUUGAGGUGACUUCUGAAACAGAGCUCAUUCUAAGGGAGUUUUGGAAGAAUCACUUCAAUAUCCUCCACUGCCUAAGGCUUAUAGGUAAAGCCUGGGGUCAAGUUUCUGUGAGGUCCUUGCAGUCUGCCUGGAAAAAUCUGAGGCCGACCUGUGUGACAGCCAAGGAUUUUGAGGGAUUCGAGCCUUCAGUCCAGGAGUCUGCUGUGGUGGAGGACAUUGUGUCUCUGGGGAGGGCCAUAGGCAUUGAGGUGGACAGUGAUGAUGUGGAGGAGCUGGUGCAAGCACACUCUGAAGACCUCACCACUGACAAGCUGCGUCAACUUCACCAGGAACAGCUGCAGGAGGUAACUGAGGAGCUGUCUUCAGGGGAGGAGGAGGGGAACAGCAAGGAAAGUCUCCACUGCAGAGAUCAAGAAAUAUUUGCAGCAGUGGACAGAGUUGGGAAACUUUUUGGAGAGGUGCCACCCUGA